AUGGCACAGAGGAAAGAGAACCAGGAGAAGUUAGCUCUGCAGGCAAAACUUAGAAAUUCCUUUAGCAAUAUCAACAGUACAGUACUCAACUGGCUUGGUGGUGAUCAGGGAUCCAAUGGAGGACCGGAAGAGCUAAAUCGGAGUAAAAAGGAAUUCUUUACCUUACCGCUAGUUGCUACAGGUACGGGACUCAGUUUCAAUGACUUAAACAACUCUACAGACAUUAAUACCGUUGGUGAAUUUGUUCAGAGUGAUAAGAAAGUAAAGACGCUAUCCAACAAGAAAAGGAAACCUCAGCAUAGAUCACAGGCGAAUGACAAUAGUAAUAAUAUUUACAAGGUGUCAAAAGAUGAUACAAAGGCCAUGCUUGCCCUCAAGAGAAGAAUGAGAAAGGGUAAACUAGAAGAGAUGAAGCAAGAUCCUUCGAACAUUACUGGGAAAUUAGAACAGCAGAAACAACCUGUAGUAGCGCAAGAUAGCGGGAGCGAGGAAGACGAACCAAGGAUUGAAAAGACCCAAAAGAAAUCAUUUGGUCUACUGUUUGACAAUCAGAAGAAGAAGAAGAAGAAGAACAGCAACAAAUAA